CCGUCCGCACUGCUGCUCGGCGCGCCCUGGCCUCCCUCGGGCCUCCGAGGAGCCGCCGCGACCCCCGGCCCGCGGGGCAGGUAAACAAGCUACAAAUCUUCCCUGAAUGAAAAUAUCAUUCUUAAAAUUGCAUAUACACAAAGGAAAAAAAACCCAAGGGUUUUUUAUUUUGCCUGAAUACAGGAUUUAAGCAGCGUAUUUCCAUUAGACGUUCUGCCACCCUGGGACAGUAAAGAAGCAGAACUUCAGGCUCCUUUCAUUCCCUGUUGGGUAGAAAUGUGAUCUUUCAGCUUCCUGCUCCACCAGCCUGCUGCCAUGUCUCUUUUGCCAUUAUGGGCUCUCUCUCUGGAACCAUAAAACCAAUUAAACUCUUCCUUCUGAUCAAUGCCCAGAGCCAACACACUUUUUAUUUGUAUGGAUUUCUAUCCUUGCUGCUUUCUAGAGUUUGUAGAAUCCUUUAAGCUCUGUGGCCACCACCAUGUUCUGGAAGUUUGAUUUGAAUACUACAUCCCAUGUAGACAAGCUCCUUGACAAGGAACAUGUGACGCUGCAGGAAUUGAUGGAUGAAGAUGACAUCCUGCAAGAGUGUAAGGCUCAGAACCAGAAACUGCUGGACUUCCUGUGUAGACAGCAGUGUAUGGAGGAGCUGGUGAGCCUCAUCACACAGGACCCACCCCUGGACAUGGAAGAGAAGGUCCGCUUCAAAUACCCAAACACAGCCUGUGAGCUUCUGACUUGUGAUGUGCCACAGAUCAGCGACAGACUAGGUGGGGAUGAGAAUUUGCUGAACCUUCUGCAUGACUUCCUGGACCGCGAGCCACCGCUCAACCCACUGCUCGCCAGUUUUUUCAGCAAGACCAUUGGCAAUCUCAUUGCAAGGAAAACUGAACAGGUGAUUAUAUUUUUGAAAAAGAAGGACAAGUUCAUCAGCCUGGUGCUGAAGCACAUGGGCACCUCAGCCCUGAUGGACUUACUACUGCGCCUAGUCAGCUGCGUGGAACCAGUUGGUCUCCGGCAAGAAGUCCUGCAUUGGCUUAAUGAGGAGAAAAUCAUCCAGAGACUUGUGGAAUUGAUCCACCCUCAUCAGGAUGAAGAUAGGCAGUCAAAUGCUUCUCAAGCACUCUGUGACAUCAUCAGGCUGGGCAGAGACCAGGGAAGUCAGCUGCAGGAGGCUGUGGAGCCAGAUCCCCUCCUUACAGCACUGGAGUCGCAGGACUGUGUAGAGCAGCUUCUGAAGAACAUGUUUGAUGGAGAUCAGACAGAGAGCUGCCUGGUCAGUGGAAUGCAGGUGCUGCUGGCCUUACUGGAGCCAAGGCGUGUUGGGGCAGGAAACAUGCUGUGUUCAUCUUUGUCUCCUGAGCCCUGUGAACACAGGACAGAAGGCUUGGUGGACUCCUUUUCUCAGGGACUGGAAAGGUCAUACUCUGUCAGUAGCAGCAUCCUGCAGGGCAUUGAGCCAUGGCUGAAGAAUUUCCACCGGCUCCUGCUCAACCCGCCAAAGAAAAAAGCAAUCCUGACCACAAUUGGCGUGCUAGAGGAGCCCCUGGGGAAUGCUCGUCUUCAAGGUGCACGCCUCAUGGCUGCACUGCUGCACACAAACACGCCCAGCAUCAACCAGGAGCUCUGCCGACUCAACACCAUGGACUUAUUGCUGGACUUGUUUUUUAAAUACACCUGGAAUAACUUUUUGCACUUCCAAGUGGAACUAUGCAUAGCCGCUAUUCUCUCCCAUGCUGCCCGGGAGGAGCAGGCAGAAGCUAGUGGAUCUGAUGGCAAGGUGGAGCCUCUACAGGGGAGUGGAGAUGGGAAUGGGAAGCUGGAGACCCCUCAACCCAUCGCCAGCCUUCCUGAGAACACCAUGGUGACCCACCUGUUCCAGAAGUGCUGCUUGGUACAGAGGAUCCUGGAGGCCUGGGAAGCCAACGACCACACACAGGCAGCAGGUGGUAUGAGGCGUGGGAACAUGGGCCACCUCACACGGAUUGCCAAUGCAGUGGUACAGAAUCUGGAGCACGGCCCUGUGCAGACCCACAUCAGUGAGGUCAUCCGAGGGCUCCCUGCAGAUUGCCGUGGGCGCUGGGAGAGCUUUGUGGAAGAAACACUGAUGGAGACCAACCGCAGGAACACAGUGGACCUGGUGAGCACUCACCACCUUCACUCCUCAAGUGAGGACGAGGACAUUGAGGGUGCUUUCCCUAACGAGCUGUCCCUUCAGCAGGCCUUCUCUGAGUACCAGAUCCAGCAGAUGACAGCCAACUUUGUGGAUCAGUUUGGCUUCAAUGACGAGGAGUUUGCAGACCAGGAUGACAACAUCAAUGCCCCGUUUGACCGGAUCGCAGAGAUCAACUUCAACAUUGAAGCCGAUGAGGAUAGUCCCAGUACAGCUCUAUUUGAAGCCUGCUGCAGCGACCGAAUCCAGCCCUUUGAUGAUGAGGAGGAGGACAUCUGGGAGGAUGAGGAGACACGCUGUACUGCCCGGGUGAUGGCCAGAGCUAGGUUUGGAGCCCCUCAUGUCUCAGAGAAUUACUCAAAGAAUGGCCUGGAGCAUGGAGGCCAGGAUAGGAAGGCUGGCUCAGUGGUAGCUAGGAAUGUGUCUGGAUUGGCCACCCGUUCUGCUUCUGCCCAGAAAGAAGGUCCUCACUCAGAGAAUGAUUCAGAAGGUGCUGCAUGGACAGCGGUGUUUGAUGAGCCAAUAAACCAGAUGUCUGCAGCCCCAGGAGCUGCCAGGGAUGUGGGUUCUAGUGUGUGGACAACCGGCCCCUCAGCUCCAGAGGAGAAAGGCUGGGCCAAAUUCACUGACUUCCAGCCUUUCUGCUGCUCCGAGUCAGGGCCCCGGUGCAGCUCUCCUGUGGACAUGGACUGCAGCCAUGCCGAGGGUGGCCAGAGUGCAGGCCCAGAGAAAGCCUUUGGUCCUACCUCGCCCUGUGCCUGGAACAUGUGUGUCACUAGGAAGGCCCCGCUGGUGGCCUCUGACAGCAGCUCCUCUGGGGGAUCUGACAGCGAGGAUGACGAGAAAGCUGGUACUGUGGAAGCUGUGAGCACAGGUCAUGGAGAGGCCUCCCGUCUCUCCAGGACAGAGGCUGCUGUUGGCAGGGUCGAGUGUGCUGACAGCAUCGUGCCAGCCCCUGCCUGCCCUGCAUCUUCAGAAGUGACCACCACUCCCGCUGUGGCCAGCCCAGCACCAAGCAAGGCAGGCCCUCCCAUAGCAACCACCGCCGUCUCCUCUACAGUGGCUAUUGCAGUCCCCCCAGGGCCCAUCAUGACAAUAACCACAGCAGCCCCAGCUAUAGUUGCCACUCUGGAGACAAUGACAAAGGACAGGAAGACAGAUGCCCCACCAGGAGGAGCUGCCUUAAAUGGUCCUGUGUAAUGCUGCUGCCACCCAGCUAUGGCCCACCCUGGGCAGGCUGCCUCCUUAAUCAAGAAAACUACCUGGUGAUGCAAUUUUUUAAAAUUUAACUUUAAAAUAAAUGCUGCAUUUGGUAAAGCUGGGAGUUGGAACCAGUUGGACAGCCCAGCUUGCGUCUCCUGCCUGAUCAAGUUACUCGGGCCCACUGGACGAUAGGAUGCACCAGGCCACCCUCAAAUCCAGGCCCUGGCAUGGCAAUAAGGUCCUGGACAUGCAGCCUCCACCUACAUGAGUUGGGGGGAGGGGUAGGCAGACACGAUCUUGAGGUGCCAACAAAGCCCCGAUGGGCAGGGUACGGCUCUGCAGGCUGUGGUUUUUUCACCUGUCUUUUGUAACGCAUGCAGGAAAAGCUGUUUUUUUGCACUUUGUCCCCAGCUACAGUACAGGAUCUCCCUUGGCUUGGAGGUAAAGGACUGAGUAGGGGGAGACCUGACUCCCAUAAAUGCAUGGGAGUGAGGUACUAGUUUGGCCACAUGGGGCAAACCCCAGGUCUAGCUACCCAGUGGUCCUGGGAGCUGGUAUUGAAUCUGGCUGCAAAUUUUGACUGCCUUAAAAACAAACAAGAUCCUUUGUGCCUGAUGGAUCUGUCUCUGCACAGGAGGAUGGGCUGGCACACUUGGGUAGGUGAUUAGCGGUGCCUGGCAAGAGCCAACCCCUGGCAUGUAGGAGUGGGCAGAAGCAGAACACUGGGAGGCUCAAACAGGGCAGGCCCAUGUUGUCCAGGAAGGGUCUGGAAGUUUAAGUCCUUUUCUAAUGUUCUGACCACCUGACAAGGCACCCAAUCCCCAAUAAACGUACCAUUCUUACUGAA